CCCUUCGCCCCGCCACAGGCGGGCAGGGCUUCCCCUCUGUGGGGCUGGGCACGGCGAAGCGGGGCUUCGCGGCUGCUAACCUGGCCCGGUGGGGAGGAGUGAGAGGAGGAGCCAGGGCGGCCUGUGCGACAAAGCCCAGUGCGCAGGGAGCUGGUGACCAGGAAGCAGAACAGCGCCGGGCUGCCGUGGGGAGGGCGGACCCCACCGGAGCCCGCUGCCUCACGCCGCCCCUCCGGGGGGUGGGAGGCCAGUCCUGCCGCCCCCCCCGGCUCGGGGGUCGGGGCGGCUGUGGAGCGAAGCGGGAGGCGGCUGGGCUGCUGCUGUUGCUGCUAAGCCGCUUAGGGCCGGGGCUGGCAUGAGCCUCCCCGGCGGGGCGGCUGCGGGCUGCGCGCUGCGGCGGGGAGGCUGAGGGCGCGGAGCCGCCGCCGGCGGGGGCUGGCGGUCCGUUCCUGAGGAGGAGGAGACGGCGGAGGGGGAGCCCCGUGCCCCGGGGGGAAGAUGGGGAACUGCCUCAAGUCCCCCACUUCGGAUGACAUCUCGCUGCUUCACGAGUCCCAGUCGGACAGGGCCAGCUACGGGGACGGGGCUGAGCCGGAUCAGGAGCCGCCGCCGCCAUAUCAGGAGCAGGUCCCCGUUCCUGUUUAUCACCCAACUCCCAGCCAGACUCGGCUAGCAACACAGCUGACAGAAGAGGAACAAAUCAGAAUAGCGCAGAGGAUAGGCCUUAUUCAGCAUCUACCUAAAGGAGUCUAUGAUCCUGGAAGAGACGGCUCCGAGAAGAAGAUCAGAGAGUGUGUCAUUUGUAUGAUGGACUUUGUUUAUGGGGACCCUAUCCGAUUUCUGCCGUGCAUGCACAUUUACCACCUGGACUGUAUAGAUGACUGGUUGAUGAGAUCCUUUACCUGUCCAUCCUGCAUGGAGCCAGUGGAUGCAGCACUGCUUUCAUCAUACGAGACUAACUGAGCCAGGGUUUCUCCACUGAACCUUCAAGGAGACCAUCCACUUUAAGGAGUUUGAUCCUUUUGUCAUUCAGCCCAAAGAGCCAGGAAUUAGGAAUUAAGGUCAUGCACAAAGUAUACAUUUCCUAAUAAAGAAAUAAAAAAUAUUCCUGAAUGGCUGCAAAUAUUGGAAAAAAACAUAGUAUUUUAGAGACUAUAGAGAAGUAGGUCGUUAUUUUUAAUGUAAAGCCUUGACCCACCAUUGUCUUUUAAUGUUUGUUCUUACACCCAUAUAUAGGAAUUGUGUAAAGUGUUACAGCAACUGUAAAUGUUUAAACUCUGUGUAUCCAAUUUUAUUAGCAGCGAGAUAAGAGUAUUUUUUUCCUAAAUAAAGUAACCAGUUUUGUUCUGAUUCUUUUCACAAGUCCUGGCAUUUGGGUCAAGGCUUUAUUGAAAUCUACAUUUUAUAACACUGGCACAAAGAAAUAGGUUUAAGCUUGUUUGCACAGUUGUUUUUCUCUCUCUCCCCCCCCCCCCCCUUUUUGACUCCAUUGGAGAUGGAAUUCAUUGCCUUAGGUCUUUUUAAUAGUGUAUUGUUAUUGUUGGGCUGGCUCUAUGCUUGAAAACCAGUUUAUUUAUAACCUGUUAAAAGUGUUAUAUUUUGUUUGCAGUUAGGAAUAUGCAGACUUCAAAGUGAUCUCCUAGCUUGUAAGCAAACCGAGAUGCAUUAUCCCUUUCCUACACGUGAGGUGGAAUGUGAAGAUAUGAAACAAGUCCUACAGUGAAAUUAUGGUUUCAUAGGUUUUAUCACUUGCUUUGGUUCUGAUGAAACAACAGGUGUUAAAGUCUAAUGUCACCUUUAACUUGCUCAGAUUAAAAGUGGGCCAGGAGGGCAAUAAAUAGUUACCGUGACUGAGAGAAAAAGAGAAAUGAAAUUGGAAGUAAUGUAGUGUUAGCAGUGAUCAGUUACUCUACUUCUUUUCUUCCUAAAAAUGGUUGUCUUGGAUUACAGCAAAUGGAUACUGCAUCUCUCGUUCUUGUAGUUCUUAGGUUAUCAGAAGUUAAGAAUAAACAUACUGUAUCUCGGUCUCCUGUAUUAAAUGUAUCUGUUGAGCCCUGCUGGCUGACACAUCAAUCCACCAAACAGGUAUGAAAUCAGAUAUGAGAAAAAUACAGUUUGUUCUGCAUGUAAGUGCACAGUUUCUAUAAACACAGACUGUCUAUAAGCAGUUGAGGGGGAAGCCAGUGCUGCUAUGGCCACGACAACACCAUUAGCAAAUUUCUAUAGCAAACAGUAUGUGCUUGCUAAGAGAUGGUCUAGCAAAGAUUGUAGCUGUGAAGAGCUUUUCUCUACACUUAGCAUGGUUUGGGUUUUUGCUUUUAUUUCCCCCCUUAACGUACUUUACUGUGACUCUUACACAUUCACCACAAUGCUGAUGCAUUGAGAAGUCCUGGUCUUGCAAAAUGAAAUGCAAUCUCAAGUUAACCACAACAAAUCAAAUACUCAAGCUAUAGAUGACAACCAAGUUGUGUUUAAAGGCUCAGAUCCUUUGAAGACUUAGUGCAUUUUCAACAUAGAAGAAUUGUGAGCAUUGUGGAUGACUUUUGAAGGGUUGGUCAGCACCAUGCAGAGUCAACAUUGUUGGUUUAUUUAUUACUCCUGCAGCAACCUGCUCUUAGAGAAGAACUCCAAGUAGCAGUCAGAAGGAACUGAAAGCAGUCUACAGGUCUAGAUUACUCACAUUGCUACACAUGCAUCUGGACACAAGUUUUUUUGCUGGAUCUAUACGUACCUAAUUACAUGGAUCAAAAUCUGGGAAGAGAGACCUGAAGUUGUGCAAUAUCAUUGUUCCUUUUCAUCA